ACCUGUUGUUAUAUUGCUUUCUUCUUUGGCGGUAGUUGAGAAAAAUACAAAUUUUCGGAAUUCUCGAAGGAUUUUUACAAGUAUCAUCCCAUUUCGAAAAUGAGUGGAAGAAGUAUUGGUUUUUCUGGAUUUACAAAGCAAACCGAAACGUUAUUAUGCGGUAUCGGAGCUAGUGAAUUAGUAGAGGAAUUCAAGACGAGAGAUAUAUCAACCAAUGUGUUGCAUAAAUUAACCAAAGAGGAUUUUUUGCGGCUUGGUGCCAGUGAAGAUCGUGCUGAACAUAUAGUCAAUGUUUUAAAUGUCUCAAAGAGGAAAAAUUCUGAUAAAAGGCCAAAGUUUCAUCCGAAGAUAUCUGAUAAUAUAGAAAUAUUAAAACUAGGAGAAAAGCAGUUAGCUUUGUUUCAAGCUUUUAUAGAAUAUUGUAAAUUCAGACUUAAAAAAGAAAAAAUCAACUUUUUCAUUGAACCUGACAAGGCAUUAAGUGCUUCUCAGAUUCUGUGUAUUGCUGCUGACACUACACUUGCAGAAAUUAAUGAAGCUGAAUUAAGACUGAGAGAAUUGGAAACUAUGAUAAUUACGCUCUUUGCAAUAAUCGUAUUCGGUUGCAUAAGCAGCAAGGGUUACCUUCUAAAGGAUGAAAAAGAAGUCUGUCUCUACCAUGAGGACAAUAACGCUUGCAAUUACGGGAUCGGUAUCGGGGUAUUGGCGUUUUUGGCCAGUAUCGGAUUUCUCGUGGGUGAAUACUUGUUCGAACAGAUGUCGUCUGUCAAGACUAGGAAACAUUUCGUCCUUAUAGACUUGGGCUUUUCGGGUUUCUGGUCUUUCUUGUAUUUCGUGGGAUUCUGUUAUUUGACGAACGCAUGGAAUAAUUCUGAAAGACCAAAGGACGGAUAUGGCGUAAAUAAUGUGCAAGCGGCUAUCGCGUUCUCAUUUUUCUCCAUCUUCACUUGGGCUGCUUGCGCUUGGUUUGCAUUUCAAAGAUUUAAGCAAGGAACUGACGCAGCAUUCGCUCCGAGUUACGAAGCGGAUCCUGUCGGUGGCACAGGAUACACAAGUUAUCCCGAUGCUACUGAUACUGCUUACCAGGAACCGCCAUUUGGCCAACAGCAACAACGGGGUAUGGGUGACUUCCAAGCCCCAGCUUACUAGAAGUCAUCCAUAGUCAAUACCAAAAUGUAUUUCCAUCGGAUUGCACAGCGAACUACUUACGAAGGAAGACGGUUUAAGAUAAUUUCUCAAAACAAGAUUAUAUUGUUUUCCGCCACCUAUUUUGCUUAAAGACUAAAGAAGAACUUCAUUCGCUGAUAGGUCGCUGGGCAACGUUGUGGUCGUAGAGUAAGUUUUCAUGGCAAGACGUAGAAGGAAGUUAUUUGUUAAACUGUGCUUCUUAUUGUUGACCACUUGUAAGUUACACUUAUAUCCAUACGCCCGAUGUCACACAAAAAAACAUUAGGUGUGUUUGAGGUAUAUCAUAUGCGUUACGCCUGGACAUACGCAUUACGACGGGAUACUACUGACCAUGAAGUAAAUAUGAUAUAUCUUGUAACGAGUAACUUAUAGCAGCUCCAUAAUAAGUAAGAACUAGUACAUGCACAGGCUAUGUAUAUUUUAACGUUGUAACGUGUUCAUAGUAAACGCGAAUUAACUGUAACAGUAAUACGAUGCGUUGCAUUGUCAUGAAAUUAGUAUUAAACGCGUACACAUGAGAUGUAGGCUUGAGAUGAGUAAAUUUCCGCAUAAGUCGAGACAAGUAUAUGUUGAUAUUAGAGAGUGAGACAAUACUUAAGUUGCCCUUCUUUUUCUUUUUACUACUUAAGUCACUUGUAUUACGUUCGCGAGGUGGCGUAGUGGCAUUACGAACGUACAUACUUUGCACUGAUAACAUACUUUGAAUAGUGAUAACAUAGCAAACCAAAGUUUAUUUUCUUUUCUAUUAAUAUAUAAGUUUAUAUACAAAUACCCACACACAGAUUUGCGUAUAGAAGUCGCCUGACAUCCGCGCAAUACAACUCACGUAGGACUUAUGUAUAAAUUGUCUGCGAUAUUCACUAUUGCAGUAUAUCUUAAAAUUUCAUAUUUAAGUCUUGUUACACGAAACUUUCGUCCAUUAAUGCCAUCGAUGUGUAUGUCCGACAAAUCAUCGAUGCAAAAAGGACCGAUGUAUUGAUAAAUGCAUCACCAGGGAAGCUUAUAUUUUCGAUAAUUUGUUCAUAUUCUUCGAGCUAACGAUAUUCUUACUAAUAAUUAUAUCUAUCUGGUAUAUAAUCUCAGGAAGAUGCUGUACAAUUAUUAAGGAAGAUUAUUUAUUUAAAUAUUUUUAUUUAUGCCGCACUUGUGCACGAUAGAUAUAUUGCUAAACGUGGUGGAUCUCACAAUUAUGAGUUUACCCAAAGUACAUAUACGCAACGAUUUCUAUAGUUCGUUAAUUACAGAAGUUUUACAUACAUCAGAGUCGAUUAUACAGCAAUUCUGAUUCGUCAUCUCGAAGUAUGCAGUGAUCUUUAAUUUUAAAUAAGAAAAGUAUUAUAUAUACGUACUUACGGUAUAAUUUUAAGUUGCGGGAUUAAAUACUAGCUCGGUUGAAUAAUUCUACGUUGUACGCUGUAUUAAGCAAACGUGAACAUCGUUAGAGACAUCUAGUAAUUCAGUAGUUUAGCAAUGAAUUUGAGAGAAUUAUGCGUUCCACGCGUAUAUGUGUAUAUGAAACAAAGAUUGAGUGUGAUAGGCCCUUUUGCGAUUUUUGUUUGUGUAAAAACAUCCUCAAAAUUCUUACGAACACUUGCGUGUGUACUCCCUGCUCGAGGUCUCGGCGCAUCUAGUACGUAUAAUUCUCUCGGAUAAAAUCUACUAACUCUCGAUAUAAGAUAUCCCGAUAAUUUGAGAAGAACCAUGGUUUGUGUAUAAAAUAUUACGUGAAGUGCAAUAAUAAUCAUUAUAUGUAUCCUAAUUGCUUAAAGAGAAAAAUCAUCCCUUUGGAUAUGCAGGAUUAAUUAUCACGAUGAAAAGUAUUCUCUUCAAAGUACCAGACAAACUGUUGUAUUAUUCUAUAUUAUGUUCCAUUGUGUGCAUAACAAUCGACUCGUUGAUUUGCCCGUAUAUUCAAAGGGUUGAACUUGUAGAUGUUCAAUCUUCUCAAAAUUUAUCUUUUAUUUUUUGUAAAUCUUAACCCUUCUACAUAUAUAGAGCUGAUAACAUUGUUGACUAAUAGCAUGACGCGACGAUGCGACAGUACGUCGUGUCACCAACACCAAGGAGGGUUAAGGCAAUGAUAAAUGCAGCUUAAAAAUCUCAACCUUUAUCUGUACGGGGAAGAGAUAGUGCUGUUGAUUUCACAUCGGAUCUAAAGUCGGAAGAAACAAAGAGGAGUAAUCGUAUAUUGGGCGGAGUAUAGUGCUGUCGAGCAAGUGUCUAUUGCAGAGGUGUAAAGGAAUAAAAAAAAUGCGUAUCAAGAUGGGUAUCGAUAACUAAAUAGCUGUUGUAUGAUUGUAUUUAUAUAUAUACAUAAAAAUACAUAUACGUAUAUAUGUAUAUGUAUAUAUAUAUACAUAUAUAUAAUGCAUUUAAUGCAGUAGUAAUACGUAUGCGUCUGUAAAGAUCUGAGUGUUUUAGGGACAAUUCCAAGAUUUACCGUGUAAUUUAAAAUAGCCAAAAUAUACAUAUAAGUGGUUAUUUUUAUGCAAAUCAAAAUGAUUGUACGACGAGCCAAGUGAUAAAUUACGUUCAUUGCUUGUGCGUGAAGCUGCGACUGCAUUUUUGCAAACUGUUCGUUUCAGAUGUUGCGUUUCGUGUAAAAUCGUUUACUCUCUUCUCUUGUUACUGUUUCUUCUUUUUUUCCACACACACACACACACACACAUGCAUAUUCCGCAAAAAUGCGACUGCGCGCUCAACGUGCUUCUGUCAGGCGUGUAGGCGCCGAGAACUCUUUUUCUAAAAACAAAUUUAUAACGUGCGACUACCGUUGUUACUUUCGUCUCGUUUGGCAAUUGAAUAAUUGAUUCUCUCCGAUGUACGAUAUAGUGAUACGUUGUAUGUACCAGCCUUUUUGGUACCACCUUUUCAUUAGCGUUACGCGAAUAUAAAACGAGCAUCAUGUUGUUUAAGUUAGAGAUAUUUUGUGGUAGCUUUACGGAGAUUUCGUUUCUACAACGUUGUAUAGAGCACAUCUUAUAGAAUUUGUAUUCACGAGAUGCAGGAUUUUAUUUCUUAAUAAAUUUUUGAGUGCCUAAUA